GGGUGGUUUUAAGAGGUUAUCAAGAAAGAUCCCGAGACCUGAGGAACGCCUGCAUGGUCGACUGACUCAAUAUAUGAACCGCGUGGACGUCUCGGCUGCAUAAAAUAAACAGAUGAUUAAGGAUAAGCGUGGAGGUUUCCCGUGUCUCCGGGUUAUUCGUGUCUCCGGAGACUCGUCUGAGCAGGAAUAGAGAGACUUGGAGAGAAGCCGUUUGUGCUCCCGGGAUUUCCCUGAAAACCUCGCUCUCAGUGAAAGAGAGGGAUCUCCAAAAAGAGGUUGCGUAAGGGCACUUACUGACUGCCACAACGAUGAUUUAAAAACACACCAACCUAACAACAUCACACACACACCCAUUGGCUCCCCUAGGAGGAAGAUACAACACAUUGGCUCCGCCCCUUCACACUGUCUUUGGACAAAAAAAAAAAACAGCCGCUUAGUCACGAUAGGACGAGGAGAUGCGUUGUCCGAUGAUGUUGACCCUGCAGGCGGUGUGUGUGUGUGUGAGUGUGUGUGUGGCCAUGCAGCAAUACCCAGCUGCCUGGGGCCACUAUGACGUGUGUAAGAGUCAGAUCUACACAGAAGAAGGGUUAACGUGGGACUACAUGGCCUGUCAACCAGAAGCUACAGUCCUGACCAAGUACCUGACCGUCAGCCUGGAUCCGCCCAAUAUCACCUGUGGAGACCCACCUGAGACAUACUGCGCACUGGAGAACCCUUACAUGUGCAACAACGAGUGUGACGCCUCCACAGAUGAACUAGCCCACCCUUCGGAGCUCAUGUUCGAUUUCGAGGGCCGCAACCCAACAACCUUCUGGCAGUCCAGUUCCUGGAAGAAGUACCCCAAACCCCUGGAGGUCAACAUCACGCUGUCCUGGAACAAAACUAUCGAGCUGACGGACGACAUCGUCCUCACCUUUGAGUCCGGCCGCCCUGAGCAGAUGCUUCUGGAGAAAUCGCUAGACUACGGUAAAACCUGGACUCCUUACCAGUUUUACGCUACCGACUGCCUCGACGCAUUUACCAUGGACCCCAAGACGGUCAACGAGCUGACCCAGCGAACCCUCCUCGACAUUAUCUGUACUGAGGACUACUCCCGUGGCUACGUGUGGAAGUACGAUAAAACAGUCCGCUUCGAGAUCAAGGACCGGUUUGCGCUGUUCGCCGGGCUGCAGCUGUACAACAUGGCGUCGCUCUACGGUCAACUGGACACCACCAGGAACCUCCGGGACUUCUUCACUGUGACGGACCUGAGGAUACGGCUGCUGAAACCGGCCACCGGGUCCACCAUGGUGGAUGAAAACAACUUGUCCCGAUACUUCUACGCCAUCUCUGACAUCAAGGUGCAGGGAAGGUGUAAGUGUAACCUGCACUCCAACAGCUGUGUGUUUGACAAGGACAAGGGGAAGCUGGGGUGUGAGUGUGAACACAACACAACAGGACCAGACUGCGGCCGCUGUAAGAGACACUACCACGGACGACCCUGGAGCGUCGGGUCCUACCUGCCCAUCCCCAAAGGAACUGCUAACAUCUGUAUCCAUAGCAGUCAUGGACCAGUGCAUCGAGCUAAUGCUUCAUCUCUGGGUGUUGCAAACCGUAAUCAAGCUCAUGUGUGUGACAACUCCAUGCUUCUCUGUCAGAACGGGGGAACGUGUCACCUCCACCACCAGCGGUGCCACUGUGCUACAGGCUUCACUGGCAUCCUUUGUGAGAGAGAACGAUGCCAGGGUCCUGGGCCCUGUGAGGAGUACCCCACGUCUGGGCAACCAUCCCUCCAUCACCCCCCCCUCUUCCACUACCUCUACCCUCUACUGCUGGGCCCCCCAGGUUUGCUCCUCCUCACCCUGCUACUCCCCCUGGUGAUGAUAGGGUUCUGUUGACAAUCGCUGUAUUCAUUACAAUU